AUGCGGAGGAGAUGGAGAGAACCCCACCAGAAAACACACACACUCUUGGAUACCUGCCGGAGGUGUGUAUGGGUGUGUACGACGAGUAUUAUAACGCGUGGAAGGCUAAAAAGUCUUGAACGCCGGCCGCGGUUUUCAGUCGCGCGACUCCUUUGAAACCGAACAGGAAGGACACGCACAAAGUCCAACUUCUUUUCUGUACACGAGACACCACACUGUGAAGUGCGCUUCAAAACAUUUGGAUUUCAAAUCGCAUACAUCAGGGAGCGAAGGGCCAACAACAAACAAAAAAUGAUGUGGCUGAAAAUUGGGAUUCUGCUGUGCGUGGGAUUGUCGAACGCGGUCGAUCUGGAGAUCCUGAACGAGUGGAAUCUGUUGGACUUUAAUUUCCCAGAUUAUGAAUUCAUAAAAAAUUUCAAGCCAGAGAACACCGUAUUCACGGGACUCGAAAUCACUGAUGAUCGUCUGAUAUUGGCCAUGCCGCGACUGAGGGCGGGUAUUCCCGCCACAUUGGCUAGCAUCCCGAGGAACACGCCCAAAGGAUCCAGCCCCAAAUUGGACGCAUACCCGGAUUGGUCUUUCCACGCCGCGGGUGUCGACAACACCAGUUGCACCGGAUUGGUCUCCGUCUACAGGAUCAGACAGGAUUCGUGCAACAGGCUUUGGGUGUUGGAUUCGGGAGUGCAAACCUCCAUCGACAACUUCCAACGUGUCUGCGAUCCGAAACUGGUGAUCUUCGACCUGCGCACUGACACAGUUGUUCGGACUGUGGUGUUUCCCAAGGAAGUUCUUCGUCCCGCCUCGCUGAUGACGAAUUUGGUGAUUGACGAGAGCGUCAACGGAAAAUGCGACAGCGCCCUCGUCUACAUGUCAGACACGGCAGCACCAGGCGUCGUCGUCUACGACUCGUCCAAGGACAACAUCUGGCGUUUCAUGCAUCCAUCGAUGUUCCCCGACCCAAACUUCUCCGACUACACCAUCGACAACGAGCGAUUCACGCUUAUGGACGGCAUCGUCGGACUUGGAUUCUCCCCCAAUCGCGGCCUCCUCUACUACCAACCUCUGGCCACCGACAGAAUUUUCAGCGUUUCCACUUCCGUUCUGAGGAAGGGUCCCUUGGCUGAAGGCGUAGAUUUACCGGUAGCGCUCGUCGGAAAGAAAUCGUCGCAGGGUUUGGGUCUGGCCGUCGACUCCUUCAGCGACACCCUCUACUUCAGUCCGCUCGAGCAGACCUCCAUCGCAUCCUGGAACCCAAAAUCCAAUCAAGAGAGAUUGCUGGCGUUCGAUCCGCAGAAGCUUCAGUUCCUCGCCGAAAUCAGGUGGGCCGAGAAGGACGGCGGCAACGUGUGGGCGCUCUCCACGCGCUUCCAAAAGUUCUUCAGGAGGACCGUCAACGGCAACGAGAUCAAUUUGAGGAUAGUCAGAGUGCCGAAAGCAACCGAACCGCAAUUCCCGCUCUCCAAUAGUCUGCUCUACUUUUAAACUUUGACUGAAGAACAAAAAC